AUGUCUUCUAAAUUACCUCCAAAGAAAGACCCUGAACGCGAAAAAGCUGAAAAACAUGCAUUAAAAGCAAAAGAGAAAGCUACUCGAGUUACUGAGGCAUUGAAUGAAGGAAGAUUACCUAAUACAGAACAAAUUACCGAAACCAUUGAAUCAAUACAAGAAUCCGAUGCCAUUCAUGAUACCGCACGCGGUAUGUCCCCAUUGGGCAAAAAAGUUUUUGCCGACACAGAAAAACUCUUGGACAGCACCAAAACUUUGCUAGAAGAAAAGAAUGCCGGCGAUGAAAUGCAAAAUAUAAUUUAUUAUGGUGGAAAGGCUUCACGUGAUAUUGCCGAUUCUACUUCUAUUCCUCAUGAUCUUACUUCAAAAUAUGAAACUCAUGCCGAAACUUCAAAAUCAAUGGCCCAGGAUGCGUUUCAAAAAACAAUGAAGAUACCACAACUUUUAAUUUCGAGUUCUGAAUUCCGUAAAUUGGUUAACGACAUUCAUGAAAUCAUACAAGAAAUUCUUGAUGAUACUACUCCAGGUCAAAACCAAAAAGAACAAAAGGAUGAUAUUCGUGAAGGCGAAAAGAGUCCUAAAGAAGCACUUCAUCAAACAACUGCUCAAGCACGUGGAACUGUUUAUCCUGUUGCUAAGGCAACGGCUGCUACUAUCGAACCACAUAUUAAGGAAUUUAGUGAAGGUCGAAAAUCUAUUCAAGAAGCUUCUACAGAAGGAAUUAAAAAAAUUUCUACGAGUCUUAAAGAAAAAGUCGGCGAUUAUCAACUUUCAUCUGAAAAACGUGAUCGAAUUACGACUAGAUUCAAGAAUGUUAUGAUUGAUGUACAGAAAAAACCUGAAUAUCAAGAAUCACUUUCGGAAAUUGUUAAUAUGGUUUCUCGAAUUACUGAUUUUACUCAAGAAUUUGCAACUCGUAUGAGUGAACCUAUUUCACAAGGAGCCGAGAAACAAAAAGAUUCCUUAUCAAUUGCUCAACGUAAUGCUAAAGAAUUAUUGGAAAAUUUUUCCAAUAAUUAUUCUCUUGAUAAAUUAAUUUCCUUACUUAAAGAAAUGAGGGAGCAACUUAAACAUGACGUAGAUCUUCGUAAUCAUCUUAAGGAAGUUAAAAAUUUUGUCCUUUGCUCUUUAAGCGAUUCAGAUUUUAUUCAAAAACGUGAUUAUAAAGAUCAUGGAUCUCGCUUAAUAAAAGACAGUCGUCAUUUCUUAUUGGAAAGACAUUCCAAAACUAUUAAAGCUAUUGCUACGGAAAUUAGGAAUUUUAAUGAAGCAUUGCAAGAAGAUAAAACCACCGCUCGAUGGAGAAGUGAUUUUGAGGCAUUGAUAUCAGAUGUGUUUUUGGAUGAAAAAGGUCAACCUACCUUUAAAUUUGAGCUUAUUAAAGAUUUUGGUAAAAUUUUACCUCUUAUUGCCGAAAAACUGAAAUUCAUUCCUCUUCCUCGAAUUGAAAAUUCCGAUGAUCAAUACGAUUACAUUUUUGAUAAUAUUGUAUUGCAUGUAGCUGAAAUUGUUCCUAAACAUUUACAUAUCAGUUUUCAUUCUGAUAUCAAUUUGGAACGGGGUGAAGAUGAUGUAGUACAAAAUACUUUAUCGAUUGAAAUUUCUAAACUUUGCGCCGAUGCAAGAAACAUUGCCUUUUAUUAUAAGAAGAAAAGUGGAAUUAUCACAAUGAAAGACGUUGGAUUAGUUGAUUUUUCAAUUCCAUCUGAAGGAUUAAAUAUUUAUGUCAAAUUGUUAUUGUCCCUACCAAGUGAUAAGGAUUCUAGCACACAAUUUAAUAUUUUACAAACUGAAACACACAUUAAAGAAUUGAAACUACGAUUGCAUGAAACGCGACAUGACUUUUUAUAUACACUUCUUACACCUCUGGUUGAAAAACGAUUAAAACGUCAAUUAGAGGAGAUUGUAACCGACUACAUUCGAAAAUCUCUCGAAUAUCUUCGAGAAAACCUUGCUCACCUACGAGACAAAGUUGAUCAAAUGCAAAUAGAUAGUCAAGAAAUUCAUCCGAAACAUGAAAGAAGAGAGUGGGAAAGUCCAGCUUUUGAUGUGAAGAGGAAAGAAGAAUAA